AUUAGAAGAUGUUAACAGUUUUUUUGUGUGCUGAAGGGACACAUGUUGCUCCACGCCUACAAGUUGUCACUCAUAGUUAUGGCUCCUAAACCUCAGCGCAUUCGUCACUUGGCAGGAGCAACUUGGCAAAGCGCGAUGAAGAAAGCAAGGACAAUGAGUACUGAAACUGAGACUGAGUCAUCAUCAAUGAAAGACGCCUUCUCCAAAUAUGCUGAUUAUCUCAAUAACCUUAAUGAUAAACGAGAAAGGGUGGUGAAAGCAAGUCGUGAUAUUACUAUGAAUAGCAAGAAGGUUAUUUUUCAAGUGCACAGAAUAAGCAAGCACAACAAAGAGGAAGUUCUGGAUAAAGCAGUUAAAGAUAUGGCAGCUGUGACUGAUCAAUAUGUGUCCCGUCUAGUAAAGGAACUCCAAGGGACUGAUUUCUGGAAGUUAAGACGAGCAUAUUCUCCUGGGGUUCAAGAAUAUGUUGAAGCUGCAACAUUUUGUAAUUUCUGCAAGACAGGGACACUAUUAACUCUUGAUGAGAUUAAUGCAGCCUUUCUCCCACUAAGUGAUCCUUCUGUUGAACCCUUGCAGAUUAACAUCCUAGACUAUAUCUUAGGGCUUGCGGACUUGACAGGAGAAUUGAUGAGGUUGGCAAUUGGUCGAAUAUCAGAAGGGGAACUUGAUUUUGCUGAGAAGAUCUGCAGUUUUGUGCGUGAAAUUUACAGGAAGCUUACUCUUAUUGCCCCGGAAAUGGAUGAUCCUUCAGACAUGAAACAGAAAAUGGAAACGAUGCUCCAGAGUGUAAUGAAGAUAGAAAAUGCUUGUUUUAGCGUUCAUGUAAGAGGAUCGGAGUACAUUCCCAUGCUUGGAUCUGCUGACCCCAGUUAUCCACUGUUGGGCAUGCCAGACGUUGAUUGAAGAAGUAAUAUCUAUUUUGUCAAAGUGUUUACAGAAGUAAUAGUGCCUUGUACUAGCUUAGUUAUGCUGCUAUUUUGAUCGAAGGCAGAAAGAGAAGUGUUUGUUUGCUGUAGAAGUUCAUGUAGCUCUCCACCUGGAUAUGCAAAUGGUGUAGAGAACUGCAUCAAACUGGUGAGGAAAGGAAUUUUGGAAGGACGCAUUUUCCACAUACUUUCCGAAGGUACCUGAGGGGAAUUAUAUGCAACUUUGUAGGGGAAAUUGCAUAGCUAUUACUUACUCUAGUCCACCUACUGAUCUAAUGGAUCUUGAAAUCUGGUUCUUGAAUAUAUGGCACUCCCUUCCUUUUUCCUUUUCGUAUUGUACCCCUUUUGGAUCUGGGAAUCAUUGAAUGAUACUUCAAUGGUGUUGACAUCUUUAAGUUUUGGGGCCUUUUGUAAAUUGGUCAAGUAUUUGCUUUGUCACUCCUCCUUUUCCUUGUGUUUUAUACAAGGACAAUCUUGAAAUGGUUGCCAAAGUUAGUUUUUCAGGAUAAAAUUAGACUAGAAUAUUCUCAUUAUUUACCCAGAAAAGGUUUCUCAAUCUAUGUUUUUUGAUUCUA